GAUACUAACCAUCUUACUGUUCACUGUUUGGUAGUGUUGCGAACCGCCAUUUUUUGCGCGGGUGAACUGGGCUGUAGCACACAACAUGUCUAAUUAUCCCCCAACGCCUUCAUUUGGCGGGGCGUUCAGUUAUACGCAGCAAUGGCCGCCCCCUCAAUUUUCCACACCUCCAUUAUCGGCCUUACCCUCUUACCCUUUCUCGGGGUCAACUGAUAUUCCAGGGCAGCCGCCGGUACAAACAGGUCCGGUCGUUGGGAAUCCGUCUGAUUUGCAGAAUAUGACAAAUCUUGAUGGAAAUACCCGAAUCCCCGGUCUCGGGGCGCAUGGCAGUCUGCCACCACCUCCGCCGUCCUUUCCUUACAUGAACCAGUUCCAAUCGCCUCAUAUUCCCCCGCCAACGUUCCAUACGCUCCCAGUUCCCCCUAUGGGCUUGCCAUCUUUACCUCGAACAGCUGCUCAUAUCAAUCCUCUUCCAUCCGCUUCUCAGGCUCCGGCUCUGUCUCGGGCUAAUCCAGCAGUAGAUGCGCGCGAAAAUGCAGGCAGGGUGACCCCGAAUGGGUUGGAUACUAUAGACCGAGAAGAGGGGGAACUCAGCGAUGGGGAUGGGCGGGUAUCAUCACAAUCACAACGUUCAGUAGCUCAGCCCUUCUCUGGGAGUUCCCAGGGCUUCCUAGGCGCGCGGGAGCAGAUACCAGAUGGCCGCAUGACGAAGUCAGUGCCGUCGAGCAGCUUCGCAACAUCUCGAGAUUCUCGCCAACAGAACCCAUCUAAUGAUAGCUCUGAGAGAAUGGACUAUGAGCCGACGAAUGUACCAUCACCUACGGAUCGAUCACCGCGACGAGAAGAGAGUGGUUCUCCUUAUCACCCUCCUGUUUCUAUCAGUUUGGACCCGACUGCGCAAGAAUUUAUGCCAAUCACUACGAUUACCCAGACAACAGCAUCCUCAGAUGAAGCAAGUAAUAAGCUCAGCCCGACCAAGGACGUCAACGGUCAAAGUUUGCAUUCUAGCAAAUCACCAGCUCAACUGCGGGUUCUCGCUCAGGGUGCUCUUUUGAGCCUUGCGCCUCAUAAUAUCCGCUACAAUGAGCUGGUGAGUGAGGGAAUCGACUCGACAGUUCUCAAACGGCUGUACGAGGAGGUGGGAAUCAAGGUCCCGACUGUGUCAGGCGAGCAGAAGCCAGUCAAGGAUACGUCAAAGCCCUCCACACCUGAUGUUGUUCCUGUGCAACCAGGCGCCAGAUCUGAUUCUACGAGGGCUGAGGUUGUCCUGUCAGACGCCCAGAAUCCUACGAAACUCCCUGAGAAAAAGCCUGUCGAGAAAUUGCCAUCCUCUGGGCCUGUGGGCGUAUCCGCUGAGGGGCAGACGAUCACAGCGAAAGAUACGAAUGUGCCGCCUUCUGGUAUUAUCGCUUCUCAAACAGAAAGCAAGCCUUUAGAACGGAAGGAAGUCAUUGCGCGGAUGCUAGCUGCCAAAGCAGGGAAGCUUACCACUUUGGCCGGCACACCUAAACCACCCUCCGAAAAGGACACCUCUGUUUCCAGUGCUGCUGUAUCAAAGCCCCUGGAGACCACUGUACAGACUGCGCCCCCCAGCGAGACGCAAGUCAAGGAGAAGAACAAGGCCCAGACAGAGCUAGCGCGACAAAGAAUGGAACAGCUAAAAAAGCAAGGUAUCCUCAGAAGCCAACGUUCUCAUGUCGAUGGCGAGUCCUCCAUCAUAACCCAACAGCAUCACGGUGCCGUGGGCGCACAGUCUCAGCCCAGUCAAGAUGCCUCGACAGUGUCAAAAAUCCAGCACCCGCUGCCAAAUCGACCACCGGAGCCGGAAACGUCUGUUCCUGCUCGCAUUCCGGGUCUAUUCAUGACCAGUUCGGAACAAUCCGCCCCCGGAGAACUCUCUUCUACACCGAAGACAAACGUUGGGGCUACCAUGCCUCAAGUUGGAAAUUCUCAGCGGAAACGUCCACGUGCUUCGGACUUUGAUGGCUUAGGUACUCCGCCUAAAAAGGUCCUUACUACAGAGUCUGUAAUGGCCUGCCCCGAAGAUAGGCUUGUGAUUGAUAUCAGUGAUGAUGAAGAUCUUUACGGGGAAAAUGAUGAAAACGGUGCUACCGCCACAAACAGAUCCCAGCACCGUACCGUCUCUGAAGCUCCUGCGGGUCUCCCAUCAUCGACGGAGUAUCCUCUAAAGAAGCCUGGGGCCCAACCACAUCAGCGAGCGGCAGCUUCGUCUACCCCACAAACCCCGUUGAAGAUUGGAGAUCAAGAAGAGUUAAGGUUGAGAGACCAGCAAAUCCAAGAGAUGCGUAAGAAGAUCGCAGCACUAGAAGAGAGGAAAAGGGCGAAACUGGCCGCUAGCCGUGUGCAAUCACCUCCGGAUUCGAAUCGUGCUGCAUCGGCCUCGUUGGACACGCCUCUAGUGUCAAAGCCUUCUAUGCAUGCGAGUACCUCCAGUGCUGUCAAAGAGCACCAUGAUCAACCAACAGUCCAAGCGAAUUUUAUCUCCUCCGUUGGCUCACAAGGUUCAGGCUCCCCGGCUCUGAUUCGCAGUCCCUCGGUUCAAAGUCUUACGUCAGUUGACCCUGCACACCUUGAGCGAAUGCGGGCGAAGUUCAUGCGGAAGAAGGAAAUCGAAUCUGGCCUUCCUGCACUUGACGCUGAGCUUUCAAAGUCCGAAGCUAAACUGGCGGAAUUCAAAAGAGAAGAGGAACGGUUGCGUGCUGAAAUUGCAAAGGGGAGGGAGGGAAAGAGACAGCUCAUGGAAGAGUUGGAAAGUUUAGGCGUUGAGACUCAGGGAUUAUCAAUGGAUGAACUCCAGGCAGCGAAAGCUGCCUUUGAAAGACCCGUAUGUUCAACAGCUUCUAUCGAGAAUACACCUAGCGCCGAUACCAGCAACGUCCAGAACGUAGAUGAAACAGCACCCAAAGACGCCAGCCCGGACCAUGAGCCAUCUUUACGCACCGAUGUUGCAUCAAGAACAGAUAUUGCACAUGCUCCGGUCUCUGUUCCGCAGACGUCUCAAGAAGCCAUUGAGUUGACUAUGUCCGCCACUGUCGAGGAUUCUCCCAAGGAUGCCGACGGAGAAUCCGAGGAGUUGUCAGAUGGCGCGUCCUCUUCUUCUGGCUCUGCGAUGGAUGAAUCUGUCGAUAGCCCCCGACCAAUGUCCAUUGGACAAUCUGAGCCAGAUGAAGACCCGUCCAACCCCCAUAUAAUGCCACCCGAUUUGCCUGAGACACCCCGUGGUUUGGAACCUGUUGAGGCAGAGACAGACGCCCAGCCUUGUCCUCGUGUUUCGCCGCAGCGGCCGCCAACUCCGCAGGAACAUGAAAAUCUGAAUGAGGUAGACCAAGAGAAGACUGCAUCGAAUAUCGAGGAAGUUCACACAUCUCGUGAGCCUUCGGUUAUGUCUGAUGAUGUCUACGAACCACCAGAGCCAGAACCAGAGCCAAAUCCUGAUAUCGCUAACACUGUCUAUACUCCCCCUUUCAGCCCUCCUCCCCCUGGAUCAAUAGAGCCGGAGGAUACAGUGGCAGCGCCAUCGCCACAUCCUCAACCUGAGGCUGGCGAGGAACUAAUGCAAGAUGUUCAGAAACCCAAACCGCUCGACGAGUCUCACAUUGAAACACUGCAGGGGGAUCGCGGAUCUCAGGAAUUGGAGCACCACUUCGUGCCAUAUAUCAGUCCUCUGAGAUAUUUCACCGCUUAUCGUUAUCACCCAAAUUUUACGGCAGAUGUUUCCGAUGGCUUUCGUUCCCUGACUUAUAGUCACAACAUUGAUCCUACGAAAAUCUUCUGUCCGUAUGAAACUGCGGGCGGUGUGUGCAAUGACCACUCCUGCGAGUAUCAACAUUUCCGCGAUAUAUCACUGAGCGAUGACAAGAUCCUCGUCCAGAUGGGGUCUCAAAGGGAGGGGAGAACGCCCGAGGAGAAAGACAACUACAUCGCUGGUCUGAAACAAAUCAUCAAUGACAUGCGACGCGACAAGGUGAAAGACUUUAACACGGUCGCUGCCGAAAUAGCCGCAUACCGUAGACGAUUCCUCCAAGACCCUUCGCGCAUUCUACCCCUGUAAUAUAAGGAAGGUAUCAACCCUAUCCUUCGCCUUGUGGUCGCCGAUCAUGGCUCUGAAGAUGGACCUUUGAUCGCUGUUCCCGUACAGCAAAGUGCUGUAGCCGCAUUCUAUUUAAACCCUAUCCUUGUUAUUCGUCUUUUCUCUUCUAUAUUGACGCGAAGCUACCGAACUGCUUUUGAGCAUAGCAUUGAAGGCGUUGGGAUCUUUCCGCC